UUCACCUCUUUCCCCUUCCAAACUCACUAUAUAAAACUCCUCUAUUUAUCCCCAUUUUCUCUCCUUCCCUUUCCUUCCUCCAUUCCAAUCCACCAUCCUCUUUCUCUCUCCUCAAACCCACCAAAAAUGGGAGUACCACAAGAACACACCACACCCACAACCGCAGCAACAACAACAGCAACACCAACACCCUGUGAUUUCUGCAAUGAAGACACAAGCAUACUCUAUUGUAGUGCAGACGAAGCAAAACUUUGUUUACUCUGCGACCAACUUGUCCACUCCGCCAAUUCUCUAUCUCAAAAACACCUCCGAUCUCCACUUUGCGACACUUGCGGAUCUCAACCCGCUACUAUUCAUUGCUUCUCUCACACUCUUUUUUUAUGCCACCAGUGCGACUAUAAUCUCCACAACAACAACAACAACUUCACCACUUCCCACCACCAUCGCUCAUCUAUCCAUCCUUUAUCUGGAUGUCCUACUCCUCAUAACAUUUCAUCGUUCCUCGGAAUUGAUCUCGCGACCUUCAAUAAAACACCCGACUCCUUGUCGGAUUUAAUGGUCCCUGGUCAUCAUAAUAAUAACAAUGUAGGCCCCACUCUUUAUCCGUGGGGCCUCCAUGAUGACGACUAUGAUAAUAACAAUAAUAAUAACAACAACAAUAACAACAAAUGCUGUAACGGUAAAAAACAGCAAGCGCUAGUUAAGCAGCUGUCGCAGAUGUUGCAGAUGUCGCAGAUGCAGAAGAAAUGCGAUACUAAUAAUAAUACUAAUAAUAACAAUGGAGGAGGAGAUGAAGGGAGAGAGAAUUCUAUCGUUCCUGAUGACGACGACAUUAUUUUUGAGUUACAUAAUCAUAAUAAUAAUGUUACUUCUAAUUACAAUACUAUUUAUGAUGAUUAUCAAAAUCAAUCUAUUCUAUUUCAAUGCUUGUAUCAACAACAACAACAAGAGGAAAAAGAAGAAGAAGAAGUGAAUUUCUCGAGUUUCAUGAGUUUGACUGUGCCAAAUAAUAAUAAUAAUAACAACAACAACAUGAAUAACGUGGUUGGUCCUCCUUCAGCUGCUAAUGUUAUGUGGGAUUCUAGUCCUCCUAAUCCUACUAUACAGAUUUGGGAUUUCAACUCAGGAAGAAUGAGGGAUCAAGACGAAUCCGGAAAGUUGGAUGUCAGUUACCCUGAAAAUGAUGUAGGGUUUAUCAUCAACAGUUACAGCUCGCUUAUACAAGAUACUGGGUUGGCAAGUUCAAAGGUGUUGGGGGAAAUGUAUGACAUGAAUUCUUCCAACACACAAGAGGACAUUGGAAUUUUUAAUAGUAACAUUCAAAACCCAGCAGCAAGCCAGGGUCCAGCAACAUCUGAGAGCAACAACAUGCCUGUAAUUAGGCCAGCUUCCAACUCCGUUUUUGGUAAACCGAAAAGUCUUGGCUCCUCAGAUAUUCAUUUUAUGGAGCAAUCUCUAUUUCUAGGAGGCGAGCAUGCACUAUCUGCAGUCAGAACAAAGGCUGACAUCGAGAUGCUGGCACAAAAUAGAGGCAAUGCAAUGCAACGUUACAAGGAGAAGAAGAAGACAAGAAGAUAUGAGAAGCAUAUACGUUAUGAGUCGAGGAAAGCAAGGGCUGAUACUCGAAAGAGAGUGAAAGGAAGAUUUGUGAAGAUCAAUGAAUCUUCAUCUGGUUGAAUAAUGUAUGGUCAUCAAAUUCAUGCUGUGUAAAUAUUUUGAUUUGCAGCCGAGUUUUGUUUUUUUCGAAUCAGUUUUGUCUAUUACAUUGUUUCUACCAGUUUGUUGCUCCUAGUGUAGAUUGGUAACUUGAGAAUGUGAUUUUUUGGUUCUUGUAACUCCCAUACCUAGCUAUGUAUCAGCUGUAAAUUUUUAAUAAACUACAGAAAAAAGAAUGAGAAAGUAAUAAUCCAAGCUAUUUUUGUUAAAUGGUUUGGAAGACAAAAAUUCAGGAAAA